AUUUUAAUUAUUUUUCUGAAUGCUUGAAGAACUUGACUGUGAAUAUGAAUAUAUUUGUAAUAUUUUCACUGCUUUAAAGCAAUGUAAUGUUAGUCACGGAAUAUGACUCCAAAUAUUAGGUGGUGUAUCUUUUUGACAAGUUGGCCCGAUGUCCUCCUUAGUUACAAUGCCUGUGCACUCAUUCAUGCAGGAAAAGGUACCUGUCGGCAGUUCUGAUGAAGGCUGUAGUAAAGCUACUUUCAAUCCCCCUAGAUAGCAGCAAGAUUUAGGCACAGUGGUCCUUUUCAGUUCCAAAAGAGAGGCCAUUUUAUAGUCCAAUUAUUAAAAGAACAAGCGUGAAUAGCACUUUGGGUUUAUUUUGAUGGUGGCUUUGCCAACACCAAAAAGGCUGGCUAGAAUUGAAAGCAAGUUCAAAUUCCUGGACUAUGGGGUGGUCAGUAAAAUAGUUCAUUGUGCAUUAUUACUUCACAGGAUAGUAUCUUUAUAUCUGGACAUUAUUCCAGGUCAAAUGACAUCCUAAUGUCCUGUUCCCAAUACAUAUCUUUAUUUAAUAAAAGUACAAACUGCAAUAAGUUUUUAAAGGGCAGGUAUAUUCAUCCAUACAGCACUAUAUUAUCUGAAAGCUCACUUUAGCCACUUGCUCGGCAGUAACAUGGCACUUACAAAAUUUAUGCAGUUUGGUUACUGGAUUUGCACUUUGCAUCACUGUGUGCCAGCUAACUUUUUUGCAUUAAAAGAGGAAGGAAUCGGGAGUCCUUGGUGCUCUCUGAGCCGGAUUGUUUUUGUCGCAGACGUUUCAUUACCCAACCUAGGUAAUCUCACCAGUGCUAGUCAGUUGUAUUGCGCUGCAUCCAAUGCUUCUGGAAAAGCAGCCACAUAAAGUCCACACAAACAUCGUGUGGACAAACCCUAUCCCACUGAAUUCCAGGGUUCACUACCAGGGAACCGGCCGGCAGAUCAGUACGAUUCAGUUCGCAUCUCCGAGAACAGGUCCUGCCGACGAGGUUAGUUUUGGUAAAGCUGGCCGAGCCUAAAGUGGGGAAAGGCACCCGUGGAGGAAUUCCCUUGGUUGGGAGGCGGACCGCAGCCCUCUCUUUAACGACGCCUCCCCGCGAGCGGCGUUCUCCUCCGCGGCCCCUUCCCCCGUCCCCGAUCGCUCUAGUUCCCGCCCUGGGCGCCGCGCUCCCGGAAGCCCGUACCCCGAGUCGGGGGAGGGGGCGCCCGCAGAGAGCCAGAGGAAGCGGGCGGGCGGAGCCGACAGGCGAAGCGAAGCCUCCCGGCCGCCACGAGCCCUUCCCUCCCGGCUGCGGGGCGGGCGAAGCCACCCCCCCCCUUCACGGCCCGGGCACGCGAGGACCCGCGAGACUGGCCGGUGGCAGCCGAGAAACACCUCCGGGCAGAACAGAGGAUCCAGCGCACCGGAGUUCCGGGGCGAGAGAGCCGGGGACGCUCCAGCGACGUAUGCGCGCGCGCAGAGAGAGCGAGGCAGGCCGGGCGAGCGGGGCCUGGAGCGGGCGGAAAAGGGGCGCCGCCGCCCUCCUCCUGACCCCCCCCCGCUCCUUCCGGUCGGUCUCCGGGAGGCCAUCCGGCCGAGGUUCCGCCUCCCGGUCUGGGCCCUCCUCGGAGCCGGGAUGGCGGCGGCCGAGGACGAGCGGGAAUGAAAAACUGUCCCGGUUAGAUGUCCCAGCGGUUCCAGUCGCCUGCAAGGAAUUCAUGAUCGCAUGACCCUGGAUAUGGAUGUGGUCCUCUCAGAUUUUGUUCGCUCAACUGGGGCAGAGCCAGGAUUGGCAAGAGACUUGCUUGAAGGGAAAAACUGGGACUUGAAUGCUGCACUGAAUGAUUUUGAGCAGCUGAGGCAGGUUCAUGCCGGGGUCUUGCCCCGUUCCUUCAGUGAUGGUCGCACUUUUAAAUUUGUGGAGAAGGAGAUCACCCGGAGUGUCCGGCCACAGCUGCAGCGCCAAGAUGACAUAAUUCAAGAGAAGCGCUUGUCUCGAGGCAUUUCCCACGCCAGCUCCACCAUCGUCUCGCUGGCUCGCUCCCAUGUCUCCAGCAAUGGCGGCACCAGCAGUGGCAGCAGUGAGCAUCUCUUGGAGAUGCCCAUCUGCACCUUUCAGCUGCCUGACCUGAACGUUUACAGCGAGGACUUCCGGAGCUUCAUCGAGCGGGAUCUCAUCGAGCAGUCUAUGCUGGUGGCCCUGGAGCAGGCCGGUCGUCUGAACUGGUGGGCCAACGUAGAUCCCAGCUGUCAAAGGCUGCUUCCCUUGGCGACAACGGGUGACGGAAAUUGCCUGCUUCAUGCUGCAUCACUAGGUAUGUGGGGUUUCCACGACAGGGAUCUGAUGCUGCGCAAAUGCCUUUAUGCCCUGAUGGACAGAGGGGUGGAGAGGGAGGCUCUGAAGCGACGCUGGAGGUGGCAGCAGACCCAGCAAAACAAAGAGUCUGGCCUCGUGUACACAGAGGAAGAAUGGCAAAAGGAGUGGAAUGAGCUGAUCAAACUGGCUUCGAGUGAGCCACGGAUGCAUUACGGCACCAACAGCGGGAACUGUGGAGGGGUCGAAGGAUCUGAGGAGCCUGUGUAUGAGAGCCUGGAAGAAUUCCACGUUUUUGUCCUUUCCCAUGUAUUGAAGAGGCCCAUUGUGGUUGUGGCAGACACUAUGUUGCGAGAUUCUGGAGGAGAAGCGUUUGCUCCUAUCCCCUUUGGUGGCAUUUAUUUGCCUCUGGAAGUUCCUGCCAGCAAGUGCCAUCGUUCCCCACUGGUUCUGGCCUACGAUCAAGCCCAUUUCUCUGCUCUGGUGUCCAUGGAGCAAAAGGAGCCCAUCAAGGAACAAGCUGUGGUCCCUCUGACAGACUCUGAACACAAACUGCUUCCGGUACACUUCGCAGUGGAUCCUGGGAAAGAUUGGGAGUGGCAUAAAGAUGACAAUGAUAAUGUCAAAUUGGCAAGUGUGACACUUUCACUGGAAGCCAAGUUGCAUUUGCUGCACAGCUACAUGAAUGUAAAGUGGAUCCCCUUGUCUUGUGACACGCAGGCACCCCUUGCGCAGCCAGAGUCUCCAACGGCUUCUGCGGGUGAUGAGGUCCGAUCCACUGCAGAUUCGGGCGAUUCAGAUAAGGAAUCAGUUUGUAGCAGCUCAGCCAGCAACAGUGGCGGCAGCAAGGCCAGCAGUAAGGAGAAGGAGAAAGAAAAAACGAAGAAAGAGCGGGAAAAGGACAAGGAGAAGAAACGGGCUGACUCCGUAGCCAAUAAACUUGGAAGUUUUGGCAAAACUCUGGGGAGCAAGCUAAAAAAAAACAUGGGUGGGCUGAUGCAUAGCCGAACAGUCAAAGGUGGGGUGAGCAAUGGACAAGGGGAGACCUUGGAGAAGAAAAAGAAAGGCUCCAUAAAAGUAAGGAAAGGCAGUAAGGAAGAGGGACCUUCCGGAGAUAUUUCAGCUCUUCCAGAGAAGUCGGGUCUAGCCAAGACAGCUUCAGAACAGCAGCCCGAUAACUGCAGAUACAGCAAUGAUGUCCGGUUGAGUUUGAGCAUCCUCCGAGCUGCUAUGCAAGGGGGGGAGCGCAAGUUCAUCUUUGCCGGUCAGCUGAAGACCAGUCACCGGCACCAGUACCAAGAGGAGAUGAUCCAGCGGUAUCUCCUGGAUGCUGAGGAGCGUUAUUCUGCAGAGCAGAAACAAAAGGAAGCUGAGAAGAGGAUGGUGGCCCUGGGCAACGGGGGAGCCGCCAAAAAGAUGGACUUAGAAGGCAAUCCUCUCAAAGGAGAAGAGACUCUGCUGAACUCCAUGGAUCACCCAGUACUGCCGCCAUAUAGACUCCAAAGCUCAGAUCUGGCCACAGUGGGUACUAAAACAUCCAGUUUUUCCACUGGCCACUCAGGAGUCUUCACCAUUCCCCGGCCUUCUGUGAUGAGCAACGUGGAAAGCACCUAUACCCCUACUUACCCAGAUGGCCGAAAGCAAGUUGCUGGAGGCCUCUGUGCGCCUUUUCCCUCUUACGCUACGCUGCCCAGGCAGUGUGCACAGAGCCGUUCCCACCUGUCCCAGCAGGUGGGGCCCUUCUGUACCACAGAGAUGGAUAUGCCACCUAGUUACGUGGAGGUGGACUGUGAGGGCUCUUCUUGCCCAGUUCUGUCCAGCAAUGGCUAUCAAGAAUGCGCAGAGCCGGACGGUAGCUCUCCAAAAGUUGUGCAGGGUGAUCAAAGCAAAACAUGGCUGCUGUACAAUGUACAGCAGACCAAAUGCAAACAGCCCAACUGCAAUUUUUAUGGACAUCCAGAGACUGGGAAUUUCUGUUCAUGCUGUUACAAAGAAGAGCUGAAACGCAAAGAACAGGAGAAAGAGACACCGAUACAUCGGUUCUGAAGAAACAAAGAUGUGCGUGUUUCAUAUCUGGACCCAUGGGAUAUGGGGAAUGCAAUAAUUUUCUCUACCCUUGCCUCUGUUGCCCUCUCCUUCAGGGGAAGAGCUGGCCAGUUGGGGUUGGUAAGCUGCUUGUGGGAUGGGGGAACCACAGCCUUUAGAAGUGUGGAAGAAAACUCCACUGAAGACCAAGGGCUGCUAAAGCAAUGUGUUGGGGGCGGCUCCCUGGAAGGUGGGGGUAGAAUUCAGGGAGGUUGCGUUUUUGUGCAGGGCUGUAGUUGCUGAAUCAAGCAAAUCCUCUAGACCAAAGCUUUGAAUUCCAAGAUUAGAGAAAAACAGUGACAGAGGCCUCUUCUUAUUUGAUCAUCCUCCAACAUAUUUUUUAUUUCAAAGGGAUUAAAAUUAGGAUCACUCAGAUUUUUCUUAAUGUCUGAAACUUGGAGGCUCUUUAGCAGUUUCGUGUCUUUUUUAUUAUGACUAUUUUUGUGUGUUCUGGGGUGUUCUGACCCUGCACGUAGACUCUAUUGGAAAGGGCCGGUUCUGAAGAGGGAGUAGAGAUCAGUUACCUCCCUGUUCUUCUGAUGCUGCCUCUUCCAAAUCCACCCAUCUUUUCCCACAAUUGUCUGGUCUUCUGAGCAUGCCUGUUCUAGCUAGUGUUAGCUUCAGUUAUUUUCAGAUGUUUUUUUUAAAUAUAUAUUUUAAAAUUCUUGUCAGGAGCUGAUGUGCUAGGAGGGAAGGAAUCUUGGUGGUGUGUGAAUUGAGGAGAGAAAGUUUUAACUGAAAAAAAAUGAAGCUGUUCAUGAUGGAACCAAACUACUGAGUAGAAUUUUGGAGACCAGGAGGGGAAAUCAGUGAGGCUUUAAUAAGAGCAAUAAACCACUGCAGGCAGCUUUGAACGUGGAGAGAUGAAAAGUGGUAAUGAGGCAUCACAGCAAGAAUCCUUUGCUAUCUGAUUUUGCUGUAGCUACUUUUAAAAGCAUCAGAAGAUACAACUAUAUAAUCUUUUCUUAUCUGCAGAGAACAACCUUCUUUCUGUGCAAGCUGUUUUUCCCAGACUACCUCUGUUCUGUAUAGAAAAAAAAAAAAUCUGACUUUUGGGGGGAACAUAAGACAGAAAUUAUUCUUUGUUCCUUGUGGGUUUUCUAAUACAGUACAUUAACUUCCCAUCACCUCCAGCCUUCAGAAAUAUUGGUAUAUUUUAAAAGCACCCGAUUAUUCCCACAUUUGGGGUUGCAACAUUUGUUGCAAUUAUUUUUCCAACAAAUAAAGAAAAUGCCUUUGAUGGCUAGGAACUCCCUCUUAAUCAGAUAUUUCACAUAGACACAUGCCAGUUAUAUUUUGACUGAAUUUUGAGUGGUGGAUAAGGGUUCCCCCCCGCUUUUGGCUCCUUUGGAUGUCUAAAACUAUGCAAUUAUUUUCCAUCAAGAGCUGCUGAGUUGGGACAGAAAACUGCAAGUGUACUUAAUAUUUUAAACAAUAACCCAACACUCCUGCUUUCUUUAACACUCCUUGUACUGCCUUAACAUGGACAGUAGCCCGAUAUGAAAUAGCAUGGCACUUUCUUGUUUCUUUCCUAGAUAAUUUUAGUUGAGAAAGGAGCACUAUUAAGAGGAAAAUAUGUAUGUAUUGCUGUGUUAAAUUUCUCGGGGAGCUGCUGCUGCUGCGUGAUAUAAAAUUACACUGGGGCUUGCAGAAAAAAGGUCCCGAGACACACAAGGUGGAUUGGUACCCACAGCUGAUGGUCCACCCACCCCUCUUGCCGAGUGCUGUCAUGGAAGAUUAUGGAUUACUUAAUUUCAAGAGCCCCAUAAUGGGGGGAAAGUGUUUUUUUUAAACCAGGGUGUGCAGAGGGGUAAAAUCAGGAGCAAAAGAAAAAUAGAACAAUGUGUUUCUCUUAUUAGGCAACAUAAAUGUUUACACUGUAUUCAGAAGAAUAAUUUCAAUCUUAAAAUCUGACAGUGAGUGGACAUCUGGGGAUUAUAAUUCAUGUGAUCUGAAAAUCCAACUCUGGAUUUCAAUUUUGAUAUUUCGAGCAAUUUUGGGGUUUAAUAUACUAAAAACUAAUUUGAGGAAGAGCUUGUUCAGUUGGUUUGUGGCUGUAUACAGUAGCUGAGCUCAAAGUAGCCUUUUAAUUACACAUUGCUUCAAAGAUUAACUUUCCUAAAUCUAUUUUUAUGAGGGCAGCAGUAAUGGUGGUUGCAUUUUUUAUGAUUCUGUGUCUCUCUUGCUGGUUACUUAAGAUGUUUAGUUAUCGCAAGAAUUCCUAUCAGUGACAUUGGACUACUUUUUGUUUGAUCACUUUCACUAAAUUGAAUGUCACCUCCAAAUUUUUUGUUUGGAAAUGCACAUUUGCUAUGUGAAAAACAUGAUAUAUGCAGAAUUCCCCCUUCCCAUAUAAUUUUUUUCCAAGUAGUAAGACCUCUUUCCUAGAGAUCUGUGUGCUUUCUUUUUUUUUUCCAAACUGGUAACUAGUAAUUUUGAGAUUGUACCUUGACAGUUUGUUGCUGAUCACUUAGUUAUAAGUAGUAUAAUUAUUAUAGCAACUGGGUUCAUAGACUGUAGCAUUUUUGUACAUCAAAAAAGUGAACACUUUAAAAAUGUCUAUUUGAAAAGUAUUUUUCUAUGAACACCAGAAUGUUAAUUCCAAAACCUCUCCGCCUUAGUAACAGUGAAUUCUAAUUAUUUAACUUCUGCAUACCAGAUCAGAUUUGAAUUGGUAGAGUUGUUCACUGACUUUCCCUUAUAUUUUUCUGAAAGUGUAGGUUUGUUUCCUUUAUGGUGAAACAGCACUCUUUUUUUCAUUAAAAAAGCAAACAUUAAAAAUACUAUUUAUUGAAAAGAUAAACCCCUUUCCCCCUUUUUAUUCAUUAUCUAUGCAGCUAUAAAUUGAAUGCAGUGGAUAUAUUUUAAGGUACCUUUUAAAAUCAUUUUCUUGAGCAGAAAUAUAAGCAGUUGAAUUUCCCAAGCACCUUUUUUAAUUUAGAAGGGACACUACAAUAAAUAGUUUUACAUAGAAAGGCAAGUAGGGGAGAAGUUUGUGGUCUUACUCCCUCUGCUGGAGGAAAAAGUUUAUGGCAUACUCUGAGAAAUUUAGCCAUUGGUUUAUUCCCAUUUCCCUGUGGAUAGGGACACAGACGUGCACAGAGACCACAACUGAGGCAAGGCAGGUGACAGGGUGCAUUAUUAGUGAUGCGACUGUGGCUUCCGACAGACAUUUGUGGGAUUCUCCAAAUAGUUAAAAUUAUCUUAAUAUUCCAAGUAUUCCCAUGCUCAACAUAACUUUUUCCCAUUUUUAUGUACAAUAAUGUUUUGCGCAGCAAAAGAAAAGGCUUCAUUGGCCCAUCAUUUUGGCUUCAGUUCCUUUAUGAUUAAUUCUGACAUUAUGUCUCAAUUUGUUUCAUUUUGUCAAAAAUAGAAUGACCUUAAAUAAAAAUGCCCAGGGUAUAACUUUAACCAGCAUGUAGAAAUUCUAUAGAAAGGUUUUUCUGUUAGUUUUUUUUUUCUGUUAGUUGUCUAAGAAUUGACCUGAUUUAAUUCUCCAGUUGUUGACAAUAAAAAUUAUUUUUUAAACAGUUA